CUCAAAUCAAAACAAAAACAACACUAUGAAUCCUACGUUUUACUUCGUUCUUGCCUUAACCCUAGUUUUGGUUACAAACACAUAUGGUGCGGUUCUUGACACUGACGGCGACAUCAUCUUCCUUGGCAGUUACUAUGUUCUCCCUGUCGUCCGCGGCCGAGGAGGUGGUUUGACUCUACGCGGUCGCGGUGGGGAGCUAUGUCCUUACGACAUCGUGCAAGAAUCAUCUGAGCUCGACGAAGGUAUUCCCGUGAGAUUCUCAAACUGGAAACCUAAAAUUGCUCUCGUUCUAGAAUCAGUUGACCUUAACAUCAAGACGGACGUUGAAGCCACGAUCUGCUUCCAGUCAACAUACUGGCGUGUCGGAGAGUUCGACGAGGAGAGGAAGCAGUACUUCAUUCAGGCUGGUCUACAAGACUCACCGAAUAGUUUCUUCCAGAUCAAGAAAUCUGGAGAUGAUGCUUACAAGUUUGUGUUCUGUCCUCAGACUAGUGAUUCUGGCCGUCAAUGCAGGAACGUUGGGAUAUUUGUGGAUGAGAUCGGUGUUCGACGUUUGGCUUUAAGGUCUGAGCCGUUCUUGGUUAUGUUCAAGAAAGCUAAUGUUACCGAGAUUGCGUCCAAGAGUAUGUCUAUGUGAGACUUUGUGAUAGGACAAGACUCUGUCUUUACUUUCUACUUACAAGAAUCGAUCAACCAGUUUGUAAUUCUCAUUUCUGUCUUCAAUAAAAGAGAUCGGAGUACUAUAUUAUGUCGAUCAACUAGUUUGUAAUUCGCAUUUCUAUCAUCAAUAAAGAGAUCAAAGUACU